GGGGAGACCGGGGCUACAAUUAACAGAGGUAAGUAUUAACAAGCUAAUUUCUCUAAAACUAUACAUACUAAACAUAUAACGCCUGCUUCAAGUCGUCACCUAGAUCACGCCACGUGACUCGGGAUUGGUCAGUUGUGCAUCGCGCGUUGUGCGACUGAGCUGUGUAUCGGACCACUUUAUUACGCAGAAUGAGAACAUACAAACGUAAAACUACUCGAGGAACCAAAUCCUUAGAGGUCUAUGAGUUGGCUGCGAAAGAAGUUAUGGAAAAAGGUAGAAAUUAUAGAGAUGUAGCUAAAGAAUUCCAGCUCUGCCACGUUUCUGUCUUCAACUUUGUCAAAAAAAAGAAAGCGGGUGCACCAGCAGUAAUGGGUUACAAGAAAACCCGCCUAGUCUUUAAUGCUGAACAAGAAGCAAAUAUAGCAGAGUAUUUGUUAAAGUGUGCUAAUAUUUAUUUCGGAUUACUGCCCGCAGAUGUAAAGAGAUUAGCAUAUCAAUGUGCUAAGUUUUAUAAUGUUGAGAGGGUACCAGAUUCCUGGAAAGUUAAUGAGAUGGCGGGUAAUGACUGGUUUACUAAUUUUAUGAAGAGAAAUCCCAGGUUAGCGAUACGAAGCCCUGAGGCCACCAGUUUAAGUAGAGCUACUUCAUUCAAUAGAACCAACUUGAAAAACUUUUUUGAAAAAUACAGAAACGUAUUGGAAAGAUACAGUUUUCAACCAUCCCGGAUUUGGAACGUUGAUGAAACGGGUAUUACUACCGUUCAAAAGCCUAAAAAGAUUGUUGCUGGAAAAGGCAUAAAGCAGGUAGGCGCUGUAACAUCAGCUGAAAGAGGUGUACUAGUUACGCUUGAAAUUGCGACAAAUGCUAUUGGCAAUGCUAUACCCUGUAUGUUUGUCUUUCCUCGCAUUCGUUAUAAUGACAUAUUUGUUAGGAAUGGACCACCAGAAUGCAUAGGAGUUGGAAACCAGUCGGGCUGGAUGACUCAAAAAGAGUUUAUAAGGUUUAUUUAUCAUUUUAUUCAUCAUGUGAAGCCGUCAAAAGAAGAUCCUGUUUUACUCUUACUGGAAAAUCACAGCUCACAUAUAAAUGUGGAAGUAGUAAACAAGGCAAAGGACAACAAUAUUGUUUUGUUGUCAUUUCCUCCGCAUUGCUCUCAUAACCUACAGCCUCUCGAUGUUGGAGUCUAUGGUCCACUGAAAAAUUAUAUUAGUAAAGCACAAACUUCUUGGAUGAGUAGUAACCCCGGAAAAACUAUGUCCAUCUAUGAUCUCCCUGCCAUUGUUAAGGAAGCGCUACCAUUGGCAUUAAAUCCUAUGAAUAUAAUUAACGCCUUCAAAAAAUCUGGCAUCUGGCCAUGUAACGAAGAUGUCUUUCAAGAAUCUGACUUUGCUCCAUCAUUUGUCACGGACCGUCCAGAUCCCAGCAAUCAAAAUCAGUCACUUGUUGAGAAUGAGGUCAAUGAUGAUGAUCUGACAUUAAAUUCAUAUGACAAAAUGUGCUCUAUACACUUCUAUAUUGAUUUCACUUUCAUUAAUAAAAAAUAAUGUCAUACAUAUAUUUGUUUUUUUCAUAUUCGUUAGUAUAACAUGACGUUAAUACUUACCUCAGAGCUGUUAAUUCUAGCCCCAAACACGGGGUAAGAUUUAACAUGCGACUUGUUUAAGAAAAAAAAAAUUAUAUUUAAGGCAUCGUUUAUUUUAUGUUUGAUUUAAGUUAAAAAUAUGAUACCUGAAUAGUUACAGCACAUGUGACCUAAAGAUCAGAUCUAAACGUUGGAAAAUUUCGGA